AUGGCCACACCUAUGGAAGUAGACAAACAAAAAAAAAGCAGCGACUCUUCGGGUAUACAGGCUAAACCCAGAAUACAUUUUGGUAGUCUGGAAGAAACGGAGAGACAAAGGAAAAAAAGUCUAACCGCUGAAGAAUCGAGUGGUGUCUCGCUUGAAGAUCUGACUGAAAAUACAGAAUACGAGCUUUCCGAAUCAUCAAAGAAAGUCCGAGAUGAUCAUCAAGCCAUUUUGGAUGAAUUUGAACGUAAAAAACGCGCAAGAACGUUAGCCGUGCCAACUGACGAUGGUCGUGUACGAACUCGAUUAAAAGAGCUCGGUGAACCGCAGUGUCUAUUUGGUGAAGGGCCGGGCGAUAGAAGGGAUCGUCUCAGAUACUUGCUUUCUAAGUUGGAAGGAACUGAAGUAAUUCAAGACGAUGAAAGCAGUCCAUCAGAAUCGGAGGAGGAGAAAGAGGAAGAAUUCUAUACACUUGGAACGCAAGAGUUGUUGGAGGCUCGACGGUGGAUUGCUAGAUAUUCGCUCCCUAGAGCACGCGAUAGGUUGAGAGAUCAGAGAAUCGAUUAUGAAGUACCAUUACCACAAUUAAAGUCGUCUUACACAAAUUUCAGUUCUCAGAUCGGUGAUGAUCGACCGACUUCACAAUGUGUCUUCUCGCCCAAUAACCAAAUUGUAGCAACUGGAUCAUGGUCCGGAUUAUGUCGAUUAUGGAAAGUCCCCAGUUGUGAGGGUAUUAUCAGUUUUCGGGGCCAUACUGACAGAGUAGGAGGAAUUGCAUGGAAUCCAGAGAGUACGCUCUCUUUGAGUCCAAGCGUUGUGAAUUUGGCAUCGGGUGGUGCUGAUGGCUUUAUCUAUCUCUGGAGUUUGGAUAAAGACACGCCAAUUGAUGCUCUACAAGGACAUAUGGCUAGAAUUGCGAAAAUUGAUUUUCAUCCAAGCGGAAGAUUUAUUGGUUCUGCUAGUUUUGAUGCCACGUGGCGAUUAUGGGAUGUUGAAACAACAGCUGAACUGCUACUUCAAGAGGGACAUUCGAGAGAAAUAUAUGCAAUAAAGUUUCAAAAUGAUGGGGCUUUGGUCGCUACUGGGGGUCUGGAUGCAAUAGGACGCGUUUGGGAUCUUCGUACAGGGAGAUCAACAAUGGUACUGGAAGGGCAUGUAAAAGAUAUUCUAGGGGUUGAUUUCUCACCAAAUGGCUAUCAAGUAGCAACAGGAAGUGCUGACAAUUCGGUCAGAAUUUGGGAUAUCCGCACUCUACGCUGCGUAUACGUUAUUCCUGCCCACAAAUCCCUUUGCUCCGAUGUUAAGUUUUUCCAUGCAUCUUCUCUGUCCCAAUCUCUUCAAUAUACUCCAUCAUCAAAUAAUAACGGAGCGAGGCCUACAUUAUCGGGAUUAUAUUUGGUCACUGGUGGAUACGAUGGAUUGGUUAAUAUCUGGUCGGCUGAUGAUUGGCAAUUGUUAAAGAGUUUGGCUGGACAUGAUGGAAAAGUUAUGGCUGUCGAUAUUUCUGGAGGUAUGAGUUUGAUGAUGGUGCGAUAUUGGAUGAUGUUUGGAUGA